AUGAAGCGACCAUCCACUGAUUUGGGUAAAACUCAGCCCAAACAUCCGAGAAACCAGGCUCCUUCAUCCUCUGUGUCCAUACCAUCCACACCAUCAACCCUAAUCGAAAUUGACAAUGACGAUAGCAACUGGGAGGAUUCUUCUAAAAAUGGUCACAGCCCGUGA